UGUAAGUGUUGCAAAAAGUAAAAAUGUGGAUGUAAAAUAACACGAAAAAUUUUGCGUACUAAAAUUAAAUUGUUUCUGUUAUGAAUUAAAAAUUUCGGAGCAGUGAGGCAAUUGUGCAAUUUUGAUAUAUUUUGGAUACAAACGAAUUUAAAAUUGGUAAUUGGCGUGUGGCGGCUACGAAACAAGUUUAUUUGUGUUGUUUAUUUAUAUUAAAGUAUCUAAAAUAUGGAGGAUGAUUUUUUCAAUAUUUCCUUGGAGGAAAUUAAGCAAGAGCUGAGGCGAGGAAUUAUUGAAUGUCAAAAGCGCGGUCUUAUUCAAAGCGCCAAAUGGCUUGCCGAAAUGGCCUAUGGCUUGAACGAUAUAGACAUCGAUUCAAAGAAUUCAGAUUUUGAUAUGGCAUUAUUAGAUGGAAUCGCACCAAGUGAAUAUGAUAGCUACUUUUUAGCAAAAAGUUACUUCGAUGUCAGAGAAUAUGAUCGUGCCGCAUAUUUCGUACGGGAUUGCGAAUCAGAGGUACCACGAUUCCUGCAUUUAUAUGCGACAUACAUGGGAAGAGAAAAACGUCGCAUUGAUUCAACAACAGAUCAAUCAAAUCUGAAUGAUUCCGGUCAUACUAGAGAUUUGGCAGAUCUUUUAGCAACAUUACGAGCAGAAUAUUCACAAAGUCGACUCGAUGGCUACGGUUUAUAUUUGUAUGGUGUUGUAUUGAAAGCACUUAAUCUUAAUCAAGCAGCAAUACAGAUUUUAGUACAAGCAAUACAACUGGCUCCAAUGUUGUGGGGUGCAUAUUUGGAGUUGUCACCGCUCAUAUCGAUUAAAGAAAAAUUGGAAACAUUACAGUUUGGUAAUCAUUGGAUGCGACAUUUCUUUACGGCUCAUACUUAUAUAGAACUUUAUUUGAAUGAUGAAGGUAUAAAAGCUUAUGAAGUUUUACAGUCGGUUGGUUUUAAAAAGUGUGUCUAUAUAACAUCACAGCUUGCGUUAGCCUUUCAUAAUAAAAGAGAUGUGGAUAAAGCGAUUGAGGUGUUUAAAACACUACAGGAUGCGGAUCCGUAUCGUUUAGAUAAUAUGGACACAUACUCGAAUUUACUUUUUGUUAAAGAGCUAAAGACUGAAAUGGCGCAAUUAGCACACAAGGCGGUAGAAAUCAACAAAUACAGACCGGAAACGUGUUGUGUCAUAGGCAAUUAUUAUAGUAUACGAUGUGAUCAUCAGAUGGCUAUUGUUUAUUUUCAACGCGCACUAAAACUGAAUCCAAAGUAUUUAGCGGCAUGGACGCUGAUGGGACAUGAAUUUAUGGAACUAAAAAAUACUAAUGCUGCUAUUCAAAGCUACCGAAAAGCUGUUGAGGUCAACAAACGAGAUUAUCGCGCCUGGUACGGUUUGGGACAGGCUUACGAAAUCCUAAAAAUGCACUAUUACAGUUUGUAUUAUUUCAAAAUUGCACACCAAUUGCGUCCAUAUGACAGUCGUAUGCUUGUUGCUUUGGGUGAAACAUAUGAAAAACUCGAUAAAGGCGAUAAUGCUGUUAAAUGUUAUUGGAAAGCUUGUGACGUUGGAGAUAUUGAGGGUAUCGCUAUGUACAAAUUAGCAAACUUACAUGAAAAACGCGGAGAUUAUGAAGAAGCUGUACAGUGUUAUAUUAUGUAUUGUGAAGAUGAGCGUGCUGCUUCUGACAGGCAAUGUUUAUAUCAUGGGUAUAUAACGCUGGCAAAUUAUUAUGAAUCAAAAGACGAUUUCGAUAGAGCAGCCCAUUAUGCAUACAAAUGCCUUGAAUCGGAUGAUCGGAAAGCAGAAGCAAAGUCAUUACUUAAAUCAAUUGAAAAUAAGCGUGCAAAGAAAGCAAGUGGCGGUGCGGCUGCAACUUCGCUGAAUACAGAAGAAAGUAUAAAUAUUGAAGAUACAUCGUCAGAUGAUGAUGAUAUGGAUAUGUCCCUGGGUGUUUAUAGACUUGAAUCAGGAGAAUAUGUGGUAUCAUCAUCUGCAUAUAAAACAAGAGGUACAUUAACGGACACGCCCAAUCCUGAAACAAACGGCAGUGAUGAAUUAAGUUUAAGUGAAACAGAAGUCAUCUUGAGUGUUUCACCACCUCUAGAUGAAGACUCUAGCCCUAUUAUUAUUGAAGAAGUAUUAUCGAAUAAUUCGGACGAUGAAGAAAAUGAAGAUGACAACGAAGUUGAUGAUAUCAUAGAAGACACUGAUGUGAAUGAUGAUGAAAACGAUGAUGACGAUGUAAAUGAAGAACAGGCCAUGGAAAUAUCAUCGAUUGAAAUUGAUUAAGUAUACUUUAGGAUACUGUAUGGCAAUCCAAAUUAAUCUGACAGCUUUAAUGUAUUUUGGUUUAUGUUGAACACAAACACUUUUAGAUCAAAUCGUGAAAAUAUUAAGAAUUAAUUUCUUGCUACAUGUUCCAAAAAAGCAGCAAUAUGUGUCAGGGCACAAAAAAUUUUGCGGGUGGUUUUAAGUUAAGAUUUUUCAAUAUUUUAAAUACCAAAUUUUAUUUCUUUUAAUGGGUUUAAACUCAGAUGGGUUGAUUUCAUAAAAUUCUUUUUAAUGGUAUAUUAAAAAUCAUUUCACAUAAACAAAAUGGUAUGUGAAUUUCAUUUA